AGUAUCCUGUUUUUCGUCUUUAAACACUUAAGAUUGAAUCUUAAGUUAUGAUAAUCUAAUCAUAUGGAGGUUUGCCAAUUGAUUAGAUUAAUUAAUGAAUUCGUACAUUUUUAAGCUUUUUUUUGCCAGUUGGAGUAAGAAAGUACCCAACAGUUACAGCCUACCCUAAGUGGUUGUAUCCUACGCAUCCUUGAUGCUUUCAAGGUAACUCUGGAACUUAUAAAAAGAAAUCUUUUGAGAUAUCAUUUCAUCAUUUCAAUAUCAACUUGAAUACUACAAGAUUGUUCAUCACUUAAAAUUAUAGAAGCAAAAACAAAAAUGGCUUGCAAUUGGUCUGCUGAAAAUGCUACUAAAGCUUACCUUAAAACCUUAAAAAUGGGAAAAUUAGCUAAGGAACCAGCUGUAGCUGAAUUUGUAUCGGCUCUUGCAGCCGGUAACAGCGGACACUUCAUGGUUGAAGCCUGUUCAGGCAUUGCAGGAGCAACCACACUAGCAUUAGUAGUGGCAGCUCACCAAACCGGUGGUCGUGUAGUUUGUAUACUUCGUGGACAUGAAGAGCUCGAAUCUUCACGAAAUGCUCUAGGCCCAAAUGCGAAGUUUGUUGAUUUUGUUGUCGGAUAUGCACGCAGGCUUUUAUUGAACUGCUACAAAGGAGCCGACUUUGUUCUUAUCGAUUGCAAUUUGGAUGAUCAUGAAGGUAUUCUUCGAGCCGUUCAAGAAGGUGCAGUUAAUAAAGGCGCUGUUGUGGUGGGUUAUAAUGCAUUUAGCAAGGGAUCCUGGUGGAAUAAGAGUGGGUUUAAGACCCAACUGUUACCUAUAGGAGAAGGCUUGUUGGUGUGUAGAAUACCUGCAAGUAAUAAGAAAGCAGAUUUAAUGGCAGCAAAGAAUAAGAGUCAUUGGGUUGUUAGAAUAGACAAAUGCACAGGUGAAGAACAUGUUUUCAGGGUUUUAAAAUCAUCUUCGCUUCAUCAUCAAAGCAAAGUGAUAAAAGCUUAAAUACAGUUGAACAUGAGUAAUUAGUUAUUAUUUGUGGGCUUUUCAACAUUUUAGUUAGUAAGGUUACACAAAGUAGUUAGGUUUAUAACAUGAACUAGUAAUGUUGUAAUUUAAAUUCCUUGAAAGAGUCAUUGAUCGAUUGUACAUAACUAUAUGUUGACCUUGUAAUAUAUAUAUCUCUUGCUCUCUCUAUUAGCUUUG